AUGCAACAAAUUUUUUUUAAAUUCCACGAACCGUGCGAUUUCGGUCAUGACUUAAAAGCAAGAAGUGCUGCGGUAUGGCUGAAUUGGCACAUUUUGUCAUUCUUCAUUGCGAUCAACUUUUUGGGGAUAUUUUGUCAACAAAACAUUUCACUAAUUGGAUCUCGAUAUGCAUCAAUUGACUCUAAAUAUAAGACAUAUCUCUUGCAAGGCGGUGCAGACGCGAACGUUAUAGUUGAAUUUGAUAAACAACGAGUUGAUGAUCAACUUUCAUUUGGUGAAAUUGCUUUUGAUGUCCAAAACGAUGUCCCAAAAUAUGAGCUCAAAUUAUCUUCAACAUUAAAUAAUGUUUGUAAGCAGCAAUCAGUUAAUAUCCUUAAUAUAGCACACAGUCCAAUCGUACUUGUUCAGUUUAACAAGCCAAUUUACAGAACAAAUGAAAGUUUUAAAUUCCGAGUGUUCAUUUUGACAGGAAAAUUACUUCCAAUUCCUAACUUUGGUCCAAUUGAUGUGCAUAUAAAGGAUUCGGAUAAUAAUGAUGUUGUAAGAUUCCAGUCAGAUAGAAAUACUAAUCAAUUUGGUGUCUACGAGGAGGACAUAAACAUUCGCGAUCUUCAAAAUUACAAACCUGGAGUAUGGACAAUAGAAGUUAAGGCUAAGGACAGAAAAGUCACUAAAACAUUUGAAGUUCAAGAUUCUAAUGAUGGUGCCGAAGUUUUUGUGGAAGCUCCUUCAACUGUUGCUUUUGUUGACCGUAAAGUAUACCUGAACAUCUACACUAAGGACCCAUUUGGAAGGUCGGCUGAAAUUUAUUUAAAAGCAAGUUUCGUAAAUUUAACACGUGUUGAAAUUAACAAGCAUGUUAAAAGUGUUCGACUGACAGACCUCAAGACAUCAGUUUCAUUGGACUUUCAGGAAGACUUGGACAUUAAAUAUCCAACAGCUGACAUGAAUCUAUCAUUCACUAUUCAAAUAUCUGGUCCAAAUCCAUCGACAGUCAUGAAAAACAUCAUAAUGAAGUAUAAAGGAAGGAACACAAUCACAACACUUAAGAAAAAAUAUUUUAAGCCAGGAUUUAAAUUUCAAGUUAAAGUUCGUGUUAAAGUGCUCGAUGGAAAGCCUGACAAUUCACUAAAUCAACUUUCAACGACCAUCCAGUAUGUGCCCAAAAUGCAAAAUGGACAGAAUGAACCAAAAAUUGAUAAGAAAACAUUUCAAACAAAUUUAAAGAAUGGCGAAACUUUCCAUCAUCUCCAGCCCAAAGCGGAUACGGAUAAAAUUAUACUUUCAUUUGAAUUUGCAGACACAAAGCUUACAGAAGUGAUUGAGAGAUUUCCAGGAGCUGAAGAGUACAUGAUGAUUACCAUGCUUACUAAAAAUACAACAGUCGGUUCGACAGUCCAAAUGAGAGUCCAAUCCACAGAAGAAAUGGAACUUCCUCGAUUAUUAGUUUUCGGUACGAAAGGAAUAAUUCAGAGUCAGACAUUUAAUGAUUCAGUUGGAAAGGAUGUUUUUGAAUUUUCAUUGGAACUGACCGAUGAGAUGAGACCAGAAGCACAUGGACUUGUCUUUUACACAAGAGCUGCUGAUGGUGCAAUGGUCUAUGAUGAAUUCUCAAUAAAGAUUGGAUUUUCUAUCAACAAUUCUCUUGAAAUCUCAGCACCAGAAUUAGUCAAAGCAAAUGAAAUAGUGGACAUCACUGUCAAAACUGAGGAAGGUUCUCAAGUAUUUAUAAUAGCAACUGAUGUGAAUUCAGCACUAUUUAGCUAUGAAAAUGAAAUUUCAAGAAUCUCAGUUUAUAACGAGCUUGUUUAUCACUUGAUCAAGAAAUUUGAGCCAACUUCAGCUUAUUAUUUUGAAAAAUUGAAUGCUUUUAUCUUAGAUCCUCUCCGAAAUGGCAGUGACUGUACAUUUAGCUCCCGUUCUGCAGUUGGCGAUUAUGAUGAUGUUCAGCAAAAUACAAAUAUUGACAAGACUCCACAUAAAUAUUUUCCAGAAGCUCUACUUGAGAUUGCCUAUGUAGCCACAACAAAUGAAAAUGAAACAAUUCAAAUAAAAUUUCCAGACAGCACGACAACAUGGAAGUUUUAUGGAAUUUCCGUUCAUCCAGAAAAAGGAUUUACAGUCGCUAAAACACAGCCAGAAGUGAGCGUUAAAGCUGUACAAAAAGUAGAAAAAUUGCAGUUAAUGUUAAGAGGACCACAAUCAAUUAAUCAAGAUGAAGUUCAUGAUCUGCACAUUAUAGUAACAAAUGAACUUAGAACCAAUCUUAGAGCGACAGUUGUUGUUAAUAUCGAAGAUGGAUUUUUCAUCAAGGAAGUGCCAUUUGGUAAUCAAAAUUGUCGAGAACAUAAAAAAUCAUCGUAUGAAGAAUUUGAACUUCAAUUCACACCUGAAAAACACGCUCCAUACAGAACACUUCGAGUUACUUCAAACAAUGAAAAGUCUAUAAAAAUUACAGCCACAGUUACAGCUACAACAGGUAGAGCCAAAGAUGAAGCAUCAACGGAAAUUCAAGUUCGUAAAAAUGUUAACGAUUUGGUGAAGAAAUCUUUAAGGAAUGAAUUAAUUGACAUAACUAAUGCUAAUCCGAGAUUUGAAACGAUCCUUAAAACAUCAGCUACCAUUUAUGGAAAUAUUCUUGGACCAGCAGUUGAUGGACUUGAGAAAAUAUUAUUGAGAACGAUGAUACUAGAUGAGGAUAAGGCACUCAAGUUUGGAACAGAAGUUGUCAUCUAUAAAUUCCUUAAAAACACAGGACUUCAAUCGAGUGAAAAAGGCACAAUUGUUUUAAACAAUAUUAUGAAUUAUUAUCAGGAAGUUGCACAAAUCUUACGGAACAUCAUUGAGAAGAACGACUCAAGGAAAAUUUGGUUGGCUGCCUUAAUAACAGACAUUAUCCUUGACUUACAAGAUCUUCGUACUUCGAUUCCAAUAGAAAUUCAAUUAAUUGCAGACUCGCUAAAUUUUAUUAAACAACAAUUUAUAAACAAUGGCUACAUGUUCCCAUAUGAUGCCGACUCUGAUGUCCGAAGGGAUAUCAGCUCUAAAUUUCGUGAAACAAUCCAAACUGCUUUAAUUACCAAAGUUGUUUUAAGGAGCAAUGUUCAAGAAUUUUUGAAUUUCUUCUCCUCAAAAUUGAGAAACUUACAUGACAAUCGACAAACUUAUACUGGUGACCAUAUUAUAGCAGUUGCUGCUUAUGUCCUUGCUUACCAUGAUGAAUUCACAAAGGCUAGUACUGUACUUGCCAAGAUGGUCCAUGGCUACACAAAAAAAAUCACAUAUCCACAUCAUUUCACAAUGUAUGUGGAAAUUAUUUCAUAUGAAAUUCUCACAAAAAUAAUGCUUAAUCAAGAUCCAAGAGAGCAAGUCCAAGCUUUACUUAAAUACAGAAAUGCAGACGGCGCCUUUUAUUCACCAUUUGACACAUACUUAGCUCUUAAAGCUUUAUCAGAAUACUCAAGAUAUAGGAACAUUAGAGAAUCCGCUUUUGUCUUCUAUUUAAAUGAUGAAUAUAAUUCAAUUGGACAGCUUCAAUCAAGGACAGUCGAUGUAAAGACGCGUAAUCAAAAACUUACUAUUGGUCAUAAAGAAUUAGGCUAUGUUAAUGUUUUUGGUGAUGGAAAUGACAAACCAGCUGUUAAAAAAGCAUCAUUUGACUUAAAAGACCUGAAAGUAUCUAAAGUAGGCGAAUUCAUGAUGAAUAUUUACAUCAAGUUUUCAUAUAUAUUUACCCAAGGAACUAUAAGUAAUUUGGUAGUUUUAGAAGUUGACAUACCAGAAGGAUAUCAAUUUUCGGAAUUUUCUGAUGAUUAUGAUGUUGUGUCAUCGGAGCUGAGAGGAGAUCAAAAACUCAUCUUGUACAUCAAUAAAGUUCAAAAAGGCGUCGACUUUUGGAAAUCAAUCAGAUUGAUAGAAAAGACAGAUGGAACCAAAUUUUAUAAGCCAUUGUUCAUCAAAAUUUAUGACUAUUAUCGUCCUAAUAUUAAGGAUGUCUUUUCAUACGAUUUGCUGUGCGUUUAA